AAUUUAUCACAUAUCUCUAUCUCUCUCUCUCUUCAUAUGAAUGCAAACAUGGCAUCUUCACCAACCUUAAUACCCUUUCUCCUCAUCUUCUUCCUCUUCCACUUCCACUUCCACCGUUCCUCCUCCCUCCCCCUCUCCGUGGAGAACCCCGAAGAUGACGUCAUAGUCUCGUCGCCGAAGGGAACCUUCACCGCAGGGUUCAGCCCCGUGGGGGAGAACGCGUACUGCUUCGCGAUAUGGUUCUCCACGCAAGCGACGACAAAGACCGUUGUGUGGAUGGCGAACCGCGAUCAACCGGUUAACGGGAAACGGUCCACGCUUUCGCUCCUCAAGACGGGGAACCUCGUUUUAACCGACGCGGGACAGUUCGAUGUCUGGUCCACCAACACGCUCUCCUCGAAGACGCUUGAGCUGCAUUUGUUCGACACCGGCAACCUCGUACUCCGCGAGCAGAGUAAUCAAAGCGCGGUUCUGUGGCAGAGCUUCGGUUUUCCCACGGAUACCCUCCUUCCUGGCCAGAUUUUCACUAGGUUCACGAAGCUUGUUUCCUCAAGAAGUGAGGGCAACCAUUCCUCUGGUUUUUACAACCUCUACUUCGACAACGACAACGUUUUCCGUAUUCUCUACGAUGGUCCUCAAGUUUCAAGCGUUUACUGGCCAGAUCCUUGGCUUGUCAGCGACAACGUUGGUUUUGGCAACGGAAGAAGCACAUACAACAGUAGCAGAGUUGCAGUGUUAGACAACUUGGGCGAAUUCAGUGCUUCAGAUCAUUUCAGUUUCAAGACAAUUGACUAUGGUUUACUCCUCCAACGAAGAUUGACCCUUGAUCACGAUGGCAAUGUUCGUGUCUAUAGCAGAAAAAACGGUGAAGAGAAUUGGUCCAUAACAGGGCAAUUCAAGUCACAACCUUGUUUCAUUCAUGGAAUUUGUGGACCCAAUAGUAUAUGCAGUCAUGAACAAGUAAUUGGUAGAAAGUGUUCGUGUCUUGAAGGGUAUAGUUGGAUUGAUAGCCAAGAUUGGACUUUAGGUUGCAAGCCGAAUUUCCAACCUACUUGUGACAACAAGACAGAAUAUCGCUUUGUACCCUAUUAUGAAGUGGAUUUCUAUGGAUACGACUAUGGUUCAUCUUUUUCAAAUUACACUUAUAAACAAUGUGAGAAAUUGUGCUCGGGAUUGUGCGAGUGCAUGGGGUUUCAGUACUCCUUUGCGAGGGAAAAUGGUCUCUUUUGGUGUUACCCCAAGAGACAGUUGCUAAACGGACAUCAUUCGCCCGGUUUCACCGGACAAAUCUUCCUUCGUUUGCCGAAGAAUGAUGUUCAAGAGAAUCGGGUUCAAAACAGCGAUGACUUGGCUUGUUCGAGAAAUGCAGAAAAAGUACUAGAAAGACCUUACGUGAAGGGCAAGGAAAACGGGUCGGUGAAGUUCAUGCUUUGGUUUGCAAUUGGAUUGGGAGGUUUUGAGGUUUUGUGCAUUUUUAUGGUGUGGUGUUUUCUAUUUAGGAGUAGUAAUCAUUUGGUUAGUGCAGAUCAACAAGGGUAUGUUCUUGCAGCAGCUACUGGGUUCAGAAGAUACACUUACUCUGAACUGAAACAAGCCACAAAGGGUUUCAGCGAAGAGAUUGGAAGGGGUGCUGGAGGGACAGUGUACAAGGGCGUGUUAUCAGAUAAACGCAUUGCAGCAAUUAAAAAAUUGCACGAAUUUGCAGACCAAGGAGAGAGUGAGUUUCUUACUGAAGUGAGCAUCAUUGGAAGGCUCAACCACAUGAACUUAAUUGGCAUGUGGGGGUAUUGUGUAGAAGGAAAGCAUAGGAUGUUGGUUUAUGAGUUCAUGGAAAAUGGCUCUUUGGCACAUAAUCUUCCAUCAAAUGCACUUGAUUGGAGCAAGAGGUACAACAUUGCUGUGGGAAUGGCAAAGGGUUUGGCCUAUUUACAUGAAGAGUGCUUGGAGUGGAUCUUGCAUUGUGAUAUAAAGCCUCAAAACAUACUUCUUGACUCUGAUUACCAACCCAAGGUGGCUGAUUUUGGCUUGUCCAAGCCAUUGAAUAGAAACAAUGUCAACAACUCAAGCUUCUCUAGGAUAAGAGGGACAAGGGGUUACAUGGCACCGGAAUGGGUUUUCAACUUGCAAAUCACUUCUAAGGUGGAUGUUUAUAGCUAUGGAAUUGUUGUGUUGGAGAUGAUAACUGGGAGGAGUCCAAUGAUUGGUGUCCAAGUCACUGAAUUAGGAGCUGAUCAAUCUCAUAAUGAGAGGUUGGCAACAUGGGUGAGGGAGAGAAGGAGAAAGGCAAGAGAAGGGGAAUGUUGGGUGGAACAAAUUGUUGACCCUACUUUGGGAUCAGAUUAUGAUGUGGAGCAGAUGGAGAUAUUGACAACAGUGGCUUUGGAAUGUGUGGAGGAAGAGAAAGAUGUGAGACCUAGCAUGAGUCAAGUCGUUGAGAGGCUCCAAAGUCAUGAUUCUUAAUCUCUUGUGCAUGUCACUUUCUUGUUUAUCAUUGUCUAUUGCUAGCCUCUAGAUAUUUUCAUCAGUUUAGAUAAUUAAGGAGUGUUUAUAUUUCUCAUGUUGAGCAGUAGAGUUAAAUUAAUAAGUGUUUGUUUAGAUUCACAUGUACUUAAUGUAAAUCCAUCUUGAAGUUAAUUACUCCCCAAGCCCCAAGCCCAAAUACAACACGGUUUUUUUCUUUCCA